UAGGGGUUGGUAACCCUUCAAAAAUCAUACUCAAAAUCCUCAUGGACAACAAAAGCAACCAGAAAACCCUAGGCUCAAAGCCCAAACCCUCGCCGCCGUCGUCCAGAUUCACCCCCGCCCGCCACCGUAACUGGCUCGAACUCCCGCCGGAGAUCACCGCUUCGAUACUUUCGCGGCUCGGAGCGAUCGAGAUCCUGACGGCCGCCGAGAAGGUCUGCAGAUCGUGGCGAGCAAUCUGCAAGGACCCACUGAUGUGGCGCACCAUCGAUAUGCGCAACGACGGCGACCUUCACGACAUGACGUAUGAUUUGGAGAAGAUGUGCUGCCACGCCGUUGAUCGGAGCUGUGGUCAGCUCGUCGAUAUCACCGUCGAGUACUUCGGCAGCGAUGAGCUGCUCAAGUAUAUCACCGAUAGAUCAAGUGGAAUCAGACGCCUCCGAAUUGUGCGGUGUUAUUUCAUAACGGAUGAGGGAUUGAGUGAAGUGGCUUUGAAGCUUCCGAUGUUGGAGGACCUUGAAAUUUCGUUGUGCACGCUUUCGCAGGAACCUCUAGAGGUUGUUGGACGCUCUUGUCCGCUUUUGAAGUCUGUGAAACUGAACAACCACUGGUACCAAUUCCCGCCAGAUAAGUGUGAUAAUGAUGCACUUGCCGUAGCAGGAACGAUGCGAGGUUUGCAGCACCUCCAGCUUUUUGGGAAUAAGCUGACGAAUGAUGGCUUGAGGGAAAUUCUUGAUUGUUGUCCUCAUCUUGAGUCACUUGAUCUGCGCUACUGUUUCAACCUUAACCUGGAGGGAGAUUUGGAGAAAAGAUUGACCGGACAAAUUAAAAGGUUACGGCUUCCUUAUGAUUCCACUGAAGACUAUGAGUUUGAUGCUAUGUCUAAUGGUUACGAUUCACGUGAUAAUGAUGGGGACUCCCCAUAUGGUUUUUCUGACAGUAAUUUGUUGUCUGAUGAUUAUGAGGAAUAUGGAUUUUCAAGUGGGAGCGAUUUCUAUGACUAUGAUUAUGGGGAUUGUGAUGAUUUUACUAGACUUGACUUGUAUGACUUUGGUGAUAUGGAUACCCUUCCUAGCAGCUAACGUUUGAGACGGCGGAGGAAAGUUAUCAAAAUAUAUUUAUCCAUCUAGAAUUUCUUUCCAAAAUCCCUAUUUCUGGAUUGGUAGCAACAUUGAUCUUAUUGCAUGUUUUCGAGGCUAUUUGCAAUGGAGCAGUUUAUCAGAAUUGUAAAAUUUCAAUUCUCAUUGCAAGGUUUUGAUAACAUUCAUUUAAGUUUUUCUUGAUGAUUCAGCUUUGUGAGAUUUUGUUUCUAUCUUCUUGAUUUCGCCCUGCAUCUGGAUUUUCCAGGAUACUAAAGAAAGGGUACAUCUGCUUUUACAAGUAAGGCUUCAUUUCAGUUUCUGAUUUCAAGUUGAGAUGUGACUCCAUGACGUUGUCUUCGUCCUGAGUACAAAUAUUGGUUGCCAUCAGUCAGAUACAGCUAGCCGAAGAGAAAGUUUGGUCCUGUCAAACUCUCAUCCAACUUUCCACAUUGGGCAGACAAUGAAGUUAGUAGUACUUGGAUUAUUGAUGACCAUGUACUAUUUUUUUUAUUGAAAUUCGGAAUCAGUCUAGCAGACUGGUCGUGAAUGUAUAAAAAACACAUUUAAGCUGAGAUAAAAGUCCUUUUCUUA